UACUGCUUCAAUUAUGAUUCCACUUCUAUGUUUGUUUCUUCAGCAAGUGUGCACCAACCCACAGGGGGGGUUGGUCACCCAUCUGUAUCAGCCCCCCUCAUUUCUUUUGCUGCUUCUUUAAGGAUCAGCAUUCACAAAGGCAGCCAAUUUGUUUUUCUUCUUUCUCACAAGCCACCAUCUCACUCUCAAUAUAACUUGAUGCAGGACCAAGUCUCGUUGCCACACUCUCUCCAUUUGCCAGCACCAUGAAGGCCAAGGGUCCGAACACCAUCAACCCAAAGCUGCUUCUUCUUGGGUUCUUGCUUGCAUUUCUUCUCCUUUACAUGCUCGCGUCUGGUUACUCAUCCUCACCAACUCCAGACACCACCUCGGUGGAAGCAUCGGCAGCAACUCGAGCACCUGCAUGCACAAAGAUCCCACCCUCGCUUGGAGAAACCAUCAUCCACUACGCCACCUCAAACAUCACUCCCCAGCAAACCCUGCGAGAGAUCUCCGUCACAGCUAAAGUUUUGGAGCGGAAGUCUCCCUGCAACUUCCUUGUCUUCGGCCUCGGCCAUGACAGCCUCAUGUGGAGCGCACUGAACCACGGCGGGCGCACCGUCUUCCUCGAAGAAGACAAGAAAUGGAUCGAGAGUGUCACACAGAAGUUCCCGACGUUGGAGGCGUACCACGUGAGUUAUGACACGAAGGUGAGCCAGGCCGACGAGCUGUUGGAGUCAGGGAAGUCGACAGGCUGCAUGGUGUUGGAAGACACCAAGUUUUCCAGGUGCCCGUUGGCACUGACCAAGUUGCCGGAUGUGUUCUAUGAGGUGGACUGGGACUUGAUCAUGGUGGAUGCACCCACCGGCUACUUCCCACAGGCGCCGGGGAGGAUGGGCGCAAUCUACACGGCGGGCAUGGCAGCUCGAGGGAGGAGGAGAGAGGGGGAUACCGAUGUUUUCGUGCAUGAUGUGGAUAGAGCCGUGGAGGAUAAGUUCUCAAAGACCUUCCUCUGUCAGGGUUACUUGAAAGAAGAGGAGGGAAGGAUAAGGCACUUCACCAUCCCCAGCCACAGAGCUAAUCCAGAGAUCUCAUUCUGUCCUUCAUAAGGCGGUUGAGAAAAGUGUCAGCAGUAGUUAAAAGGGCUUACAACUGAGAUGAUGGAUUGCAAACAGUUGAGUCAUCUUUGUGCUGUGGCCGCUACGCCGGGCAACCUCUAGUACUGACCUAUCAUUCAGGAUCAUCAGUGGUCAAGAGACAACCCUGUUAUCGGAAUACGAUUAUGCAAUUAUGAGAUAGACCAUUACGUUCGGACGAUCCACCCCCCGAGAGGGAACCAU